AUGCAGAAUCACAGCCUGCUCUUUGCACGCCCUCGCUGCAAAGCUCGCUAUUAUAGACUGAAGAAAUUUUCGCCAUUUGCUGAACACAAGAGCUGUUCAAAAGGCACAUGGCUGACGUAUUUAAAAAAAUUACAUCCUUGUCCGACGCACCAGAGGUUGGGAGUUUUGGUUUCGGCCAUCUCCCAGCCUGUCCACACCAGCUGUGUGAUGAGUUACUCGCUACACAAGGCCACAGCGACUACACAGGCUAGGGGACCUCACCACGCAAGACCUAUGAUGAUGAUGGCACAACCAAAAUACGUCGACGAGACGCCAACAAAAAGCAAGGCGACGGCUCGAUACGACUUGAAGACCAUAACAGCGAAUACUGUAAAGAUCUCUCUUCGCUGUUUUGAUAGAUAUUUUUCCUUGCGCACACCCAGCCGCCCUUCCGGCCCCCUCACGAUAUUAUUAUUAUCAUCAUCAUCAUCAUCAUUAUGCCAUGAUCACAAUAUGCGUUUUAGAAGGCCCCCCUAA